ACGGUGCUCAUCCAGUCUGCCAUUUUGUGCUUUGAGAAAAGCAUCAUCAUCAUUUCUAUACGACGAAUUCUACUGACCUCUUAAAAUGCGCGAAGUCAUCUCCAUACAAAUUGGUCAGUGCGGCAUUCAAAUUGGAAACGCAUGCUGGGAGCUGUACCUGCUAGAGCAUGGCAUUAACUUGGAUGGCAGUCGCAAGAGCGAGGAAGAGCUGCAGGCCACCGGCAGCAGUGCCAGCACAACCGGCACCACCGCCAAUGAUGCACACACGUUUUUCACGGAAGCCGGCAAUGGUAAACAGGUGCCCCGCUCCAUUUUCAUAGAUCUGGAGCCAAGUGUGAUUGAUAGCGUGCGUUUGGGCCCAACCAAGAAUUUAUAUCAUCCGGAGCAGCUAAUUUCUGGCAAAGAGGAUGCAGCAAAUAAUUUUGCACGCGGUCGUUAUUCCAUCGGCAAGGAAGUCAUUGAUAAGGUGACCUCACGACUGCAAAAAAUCGCCGAGCACUGCGAUAGUCUGCAAGGUUUUCUGGUUUUUCAUUCCAUGGGCGGUGGCACCGGAUCAGGAUUCACCUCACUGCUAAUGGAGCGUUUGGCAAACGAUUUUAGCAAGAAGUGCAGACUCGACUUUGCUGUGUAUCCCUCGCCUAAGGUGUCCACAGCUGUGGUGGAGCCCUACAAUGCGCUGCUGACCACGCACUCAACCAUCGAGCAUGCCGACUGCGUUUUUAUGGUAGAUAACGAAGCUAUCUAUGAUAUUUGCAAUAACAAACUGGGCGUUGAGCGGCCAGCAUAUCUCAAUCUCAACCGCCUCAUAGCGCAAAUAGUAAGCUCUACCACCGCUUCGUUGCGUUUCAGUGGCUCCAUGAAUGUGGAUCUGAAUGAAUUCCAAACGAAUCUGGUGCCUUUCCCACGCAUACACUUUCCACUGGUGGCUUAUGCGCCGCUGAUGAGCGCAGAUCGUGCUGCGCAUGAGCAACAGGCCAUUACCACGCUGACCAAUGCCUGCUUUGAGUCCUCCAACAUGAUGGUUAAAUGUGAUCCGCGUGCGGGCAAGUACAUGGCCUGUUGCAUGCUGUAUCGCGGCGAUGUGGUGCCCAAGGAUGUCAAUGCAGCCGUCUCUGCCAUCAAGUCCAAGCGGCAUAUACAAUUCGUAGACUGGUCGCCGACGGGCUUCAAGAUUGGCAUCAACUAUGAGCGGCCCGCCUUUGUGCCAGGUGGCGAUUUAGCCGACACCUCACGAGCCUGCUGCAUGCUUUCCAACACAACAGCCAUAUCGGUGGCAUUCUCCAGUCUUUCCUACAAAUUCGAUUUGAUGUUCAAGAAGCGCGCCUUUGUGCACUGGUAUGUGGGCGAGGGCAUGGAGGAGGGCGAGUUUACCGAAGCACGCGAGAAUAUUGCAGUGCUGGAGAGUGACUUCAAUGAGGUGGGUAUGAACGAUGAUGAAACUGGCGAGGCGGAGUACGAUGAGUUUUAGAUAAGCAUCAUUGUAAUCAUUGUAAAUAAACUAUUGAUUUGAAGGUUAACCAUUAAACAAGCGUCAAUUACUGGGUAACGAAUAUUAUUUAAAAUAAUAUCAUAUAUGGUAUAUAUACUUGAACAGGUUGAGUAGCAGAGUCAUUAUAGCCACAAGAGCCUUUUAAUAGCUGCAAUUUAAACGGAGUCUGUAACUUUAUAAAAACACAUUCUUUUCAGUUUUCUUAAUUUUUUUUUUAAUUUUGUGGGUUUUUGUUUUUUUUUUUAGUUUAAACGCCUAUUUACUAAGUUUCUUUUCAAUUAUGUUGCUUUUACUUAAUUUUACUAAACAUUUUAGGUUUGCUUUGUUUUGAACUUGCAAGAAAUUUGUUUUCGAUUGAACCAAUUCUGAUCUAAACUUAUGUUAAAGAGUCAUCAAAAACUUGUUUGCACGGUGUAAAAUUACAAUUAUUUAUAUAUAUAUAUGUGUGUGUGUGUGUGUAUGAGUGUGUUUGUUUUACUACAUAAUCUAUACAACUAACGGUUCUCUCUAAGAGUUAUCAAUCGUUUACAAAAAUGCGAUAUUCAAAAUAAAAAAAUCAACAAUUAAGAAUUAUUAAUGUAUGUGCAGUAACUUUUGUUAAAUAUGUUCAUGUGGUUUUUGAUUACGUUACUUUAUAUUUAUACAAUUACAUAAUGACGAUUGUUGCUUUGUAUUUAUUUAAAUUUACAUAGUUAAUAAGUAAUAAAAAAUAUAUAACGAUGAUCAUGGCAAAAAUAUGCUUCAAAUUUCUUAAAACUUGCACUUUGUUGUAUUUUGAAGAAUAGUUAUGUUGCUGUUAUUGGUGGUGGUGUAAUUGUUGUUGUUGUUUUUGUUGCUGCUGCUGCACUUGUUGUUAGUUUUUGUUGCAGUUCAUUUUUAGUAUGGAACAUUUGAGAAGAGA